UUUGACUAGUAUGGUGGUUGUGUAAAUCAGUGCUUAAGGGUGUGUACUCAAACUUUCGUCCUGGUAGUUUAAAAAUGUCAGGAUUCACGGACACGAUGCCCAGAUGUAAGAAUUAUGCCACAUCUGGCUAUGUGGAGUGUGGUCCUUGUACUGGAAAGAAACAAAAAGCCAUUAAGUCUUGUCUGAUGUGUUUGGAUUCCUACUGUCCAACUCACUUUGAGCUUCAUGAGAAACUGCACUCAGGACAGCAUCAUGAAUUAAUGAGUGCCACAGGCUUUCUUCAGGACAAGAUCUGCUCCAGGCACAACAAGCUGGUAGAGGUGUUCUGCUGCUCUGAUCAGCAGUGUAUUUGUCUCAUGUGUGCAAUGGAAGAUCACAAAGGACAUAGAAUUGUGUCAGCUUCAGCAGAAAGAACAGAGAAACAGAGCGAGAUGGCUGAGCCAAAGAUGAAAUUAGAACACAGGAUUCUGGAGAGGAAAAAGGAGCUUGAGGAACUGCAAAAAGCUCUGUUAUCUCACAAGCGGUCUGCACAAGUAGCACUGGAGGAGAGUGAUAAGACAUUUACUGAGAUGAUUUGCUUUAUUGAGAAAAAGCGAUCUGAGUUUCGAGAGUUAAUUCAAGCUCAAGAAAAGAUUGAAGUAGAACGAGCCAAAGACCUCCUAAAGCAACUGGAAGAGGAAAUCACUGAGCUCCAGAGGCAAGAUGAAGAGCUGCACCAGCUUUCGCUAACAGAGGAUAACAUUUACUUUCUGCAACGUUAUGUGUUUCUUACUGCCACUCUUGGAUCUUCAGAUGUAUCUACCAUAACUGUUAGCUCUGUCCUCUCUUUUGAGGAAGUCACAAAAUCUGUGACUGAACUGAAAAACCAUUUGGAAGAUUUUUGUAAAGCAGGCAUGGAGAACAUUGCGAACAAAGUGAAGCAAAUUAAAAUACUUUCACCUAUGACUAGAGAAGAGGUCCUGCAGUAUUACUGCGAGCUAACCAUGGAUCCUAACACAGCAUACAGGCGCCUUAGCCUGUCUGAGGAGAACAGAGAAGUGUCCAACUUUGACCAAGACCUCCCUUACCCAGAUCAUCCAGAGAGGUUUGACUGGCCGCAAGUGUUGUGUGAGCAGCCAGUUUGUGGACGCUUUUACUGGGAGGUGGAGUGGUGUGGCAAAAAUGGUGUUAACAUUGCCAUCUCCUAUAAAAGCAUCCGUCGGAAGGGUGGCCGUAAUGAGUGCUGGUUUGGCUGCAGUGAUCAGUCAUGGAGGCUGUACUGCUCACCAUUUAGAUAUGCUUUUAGGCACCACGGUAAAGAGACGUACAUCCCUAAAAAGAACAACUCCACCAGGAUUGGCAUAUAUGUUGAUUACAGUGCUGGGAUGUUGUCCUUCUACAGUAUAGAUGUAAAAAUGACUCUGCUCUAUAAAGUGCAGUGUGAGUUCACAGAGCCUCUGUACCCUGGAUUUACUGUGUGGCCAGGAUCUAAACUGACACUAUGUUGUCCUACUAAAUUUGAAUAGAUAUGGAUAGAUUUUUGAAACCAGGUAAGACUUUUCAGAGUUUUCAUAGUCCAGUCUUAGUCCAAUCACUGGUAUAUAAACAGAAAUUGUAAAAUAAAAAUAAAAAGUGCAUUUAUGUAGGGCAUUUGGCAGAUAUGCUUUUCCAGAGUGAAGUAACCUAUAUCUCAUACAGUAUAUCUGAGCAGUUGAGGGCCUUGCUCAAGAGCCCAACAAUGCCAUUUUGAAAUUUUGGGGCUUGAACCAGUGACCCUUUGGUCACUAGUUCAACAUAUUAAUCACUGAGCCACCCAUGCUACAGUAUAUAGAAUAUGCUUUCACAAAAAAUAGUAGAAAAGUUGAGGUAAGGUACAUUAUUUUAUCAUAUACUAACUCUUUGUUAUAGACUGUGAAUUGGCAAGAUAGUUAUAAUAAAAAAAAAAAGGUAUUAUUAUAAAAAACUAAACAGAUGUUUUAUUUCAACUCUUCUAACCAGCAGGAACAAUGUUUCAAUAUGUUAAUACUUUUUUGUGCAUAUGUCUCCAUGUUAGGGCCACAAACUUAUGGUGGUGAUCUUAUCACCCUAUAAAAUACUGUUUCCAAUAUCAUUCCUUUUCUUCUUCUUAACUCUUUCAUGUUAAGCUUUUUUGUCACAAAUGGGGUGUAAUGGCGGAUGUUGUCGCUGUGGGCGGAAAAAGCAGGCAUAAGCGCAGAGGGGUUUUGUAACCAAAAAGAGUCUUUUAAUAAGGUCCACAGUAUAUAAAUAAUCAAGACAUAAAAAACAACAAAGGAACAAACAACAAACUCAAACAAUACUCAAAAACAUAGGUUGAAACAUCGGCUCUCUGACAAGACACAGGCUAAGGGACAGACUCUAAUACCUGUUACUUGAAGCCUAAGCCCUGUGGUGAAACACCGGCUUAAGGACGAUACACAUGACAUGACCCACAAACCAAG